UCUAAGGGAGUUCCUCAAAUGGGCGUUUGUUUCUGAAUUAGUCACAAACAAAACGGUGUAUUUGUGUGCUUGUUAGCGCUGGUUAUAGGUAGAAAGAAAAGCGAAAAGAAAAGAAAAAGCGAAAGGGAAAUGAGCUGAAAAAGUUUAACCGAAUAAAAGGCACUUAAAGUUUUGUUUUCGUUCAAGUUAGCUGAAGUUGUUCACAAUGGGAUGUUGUAGCAGCACCGAGAGCAAACGUGACUGGAAACCGCUGGAGGACCGCAGCUGCACGGACAUACCAUGGCUCAUCAUAUUCGCAUUGUUUUGUAUUGGGAUGCUGUGUAUUUGUGGCUUUGCCAUCGCCACAGGAGCUGCCUCCAGGCUGAUCUCAGGAUAUGACAGUUAUGGCAACACCUGUGGCAAGAAUAACUCCAAGAUCGAGGGAGUACCCCUCAGUGGCAGGGACAUGACAGAAAACAAGUAUGUUUUCUUCCUGGACCCUUGCAACCUUGACUUCAUUAACAGGAAGAUCAAGUCUGUUGCCCUGUGUGUCUCCAAAUGUCCUGGUGCUGAACUGACGACAUACAGUGAUUUAAAGCAGUUUGCUCUGAGUAAUGGAUCUCAUCUCUGCUCAUAUGAUAUUUCUCCUACAAGAUACACAAGCAGUUCAGAAAGAUACACAAAAUGUCCCAAACUCCCUGUUCCACCAAGUAAGUCUGUCCCGCUGUUACACCGAUGUGUCCCUGUGGACAUCGGCUGCUACGCUGAAUUCGCCCAGGGUUUUAUCACAUUCGUCAGUGACAACAGUGUGCUGCGUCGGGUCAUCACUGGGGUGAUGGCCAGCAAGGAGAUCAUCAUGGGCCUCUGUGUGCUGGCUUUAGUCCUAUCCUUGAUCAUGAUGGUUGUCAUUCGUUACAUCUCCAAGGUGCUGGUGUGGAUUCUGACAGUUCUAGUAAUCAUCGGCUCAAUAGGUGGGACCGCCGUCCUCUGGUGGCUCUACGUGGACCACAGGAAAGCGCUUAAUAAUAGCACUCUAUCAGUAUUUGGGAAAGAAGUGGCCUCAGACAACGUCAAAGCCCUGCUUGUGUAUUCAAUUGGUGCUACAAUUUUCACGGUAAUUCUCCUGCUGGUGAUGUUCUUCAUGAGGAAGCGUGUGGCUCUCACUAUCUCCCUGUUCCACGUGGCUGGUAAAGUGUUCGUUCACCUUCCCCUCCUGGCCCUGCAGCCUUUCUGGACCUUCCUCUGCCUCAUGCUCUUCUGGGUCUACUGGAUCGCUGUGCUUCUCGCUCUUGGGACUUCAGGGACGGCGGUGAAGAACAACACUACAGGCGUGGUUGAAUAUAAAAUGCAGGGGCCUCUCCAGUACAUGGUGUGGUAUCACGUUGUGGGUCUCAUCUGGAUCAGUGAAUUCAUUCUGGCCUUCCAGCAGAUGACCAUCGCUGGAGCUGUGGUCACGUACUACUUCACAAGGAAUAAGUCCCAGUUGCCAGCAACUCCUAUCAUCUCCUCCAUGAUACGAAGCAUCCGCUACCAUCUGGGUACUGUGGCUAAAGGCUCCUUCAUCAUCACGAUUGUUAAGAUCCCUCGUCUCAUCCUGAUGUAUAUCCACAGCCAGCUCAAAGGAAAGGAAAACGCCUGCGCUCGUUGCAUGUUGAAAGCUUGUGUCUGCUGUCUGUGGUGUCUUGAGAAGUGCCUUACAUACUUAAAUCAAAACGCUUACACUGCGACAGCCAUCAACAGCACCAGUUUCUGCACCUCUGCCCGUGAAGCUUUCCUAAUCCUGGUGGAGAAUGCCCUCCGUGUGGCCGCCAUCAACACUGUGGGAGACUUUGUCCUCUUCUUGGGAAAGGUGCUUAUAGUCUCCUGUACAGCUUUCGCCGGCAUCCUGGCUCUGAACUACCAGAAGGACUACACUGUGUGGGUCCUGCCUCUGCUCAUCGUCUGUCUGUUUGCCUACCUGGUGGCUCACUGCUUCCUUUCUGUCUUCGAGAAUGUGGUGGACGUUCUCUUCCUCUGCUUUGCUGUGGACUCAAAGUACAAUGAUGGCACCCCUGGGCGUGAGUUCUACAUGGACAAGGCCUUAAUGGAAUAUAUUGAAAACAGUAAGAAAGCGGGUUUGUACAAGGCUGGUGAUGGAGAUGGAAAGGAGAUGAAGCCCAUGACACGUGGAGGGACUUCUGCUUGACCAAGCAUCAAAAAUCUGCCCUGAACCACUAAAAAACACCAAAGCUUAACUCAGACUUUACCAGCGUUUCACUCCAGGGACAUCACUAAAAUAAUAAUGCACUUUAUACAGAAACUACACAGAGUUUCAGCUAAAGAUGCAUUGAGUUUCAUUUUUAAGUAAGAGGGAUUACAAACUAAAAGUUUGACACUAAUAGCUGAUACAUGGUCAAUGCUAAUUUGGGUUUGUUUAGUUUUUAUUAAGAUAAGUUUGCUUUUUGUACGUCUUUUUCCCAUUUAACUGAGUUUCCUCCUUUUUUAUACCAUUUUAAAUAAUAUGAACGUUUUGACAUGGUUUAACAUGUUUGUUUUUCUUUGUUACAGUGUUAGCUAUAGUUAAAAUGGAUUGGUGUACAUUUUGUAAUGGAUAGCUAACUGUGUUUUGUCAAAGGCUGUUCAAGUUGUUUUAUUACUUCUUAAAUUUUAUACUUGAAUAAAUUUAAACACAAAGUUUUAUUGUUUUGUCCACAUCUAUAUAACCCUGCACAUGUCA